AUGGUUAGGAUGAGCGAUGGUGCCGCUGUAAAAUAUGCUAACGAAUUCUUUUGUCAACGCUCUGGCACGUUUGUUCGCCCCGUCGUUGGUCGAAUAAAGAGAUCCCUUCGACAAUGGUUCAAUUUUAUGACGGUCACAACGGGUCGACGAUCUGGAAAUGAAACCGGGCUAACUAAAAUCGUUCACCAGUUCCUCUUACCAUUAUAA